AUUAAAAUAAAGAAAGAAAUGAAUGAAUGCAGGUGAUACUGCGAAUAAGAUUGGGACAUAUAACCUUGCAGUGUGCGCAAAACAUCAUAGAAUUCCGUUUUAUGUUGCAUCGCCCCUGACUUCGAUUGAUUUAUCAGUUAAGUCGGGUGAAGAAAUUGUGAUAGAAGAAAGGUCUCCUAAAGAAUUGAUGAAUUCACAUGGAGGUCUUGGUGAACAAAUAGCUGCUUCUGGAGUUUCAGUAUGGAACCCUGCUUUUGAUGUUACUCCAGCUUCUUUGAUAAGUGGAAUCUUCACUGAAAAGGUUGAAUUCUUGAUUUUCUAA